CACACACACACUCAUCUUUUCCUUUCUCCUAUCCAGAAGGAUCCCAGAGCUAAAACCAAACCUCACCUCUGUUCCCGUCAUUGUUUCCUACCUCAUCUUAUCAUUCCUGAUCCUGUCUUAUCUUACCUUAUCGUAUCUUAUUCUGUCUCACCGUAUCUCACCUUAUCUUAUCUCCUCUGUACACAAACUGAACCUGCUACCCUAACCCAGUCCCACCUUCCCUCUCUUCACCAGCUGUCCAGAACGAGCGCCAGCCCCGCAACACCGCCCAGGUACGUGAGGACCAGAUCGAACAGGAACUGGAACACCCCCUGGUGCCCUCCAACGCCACAGUCAGCGCCACACACCCGGCCUUCAGCCCCGGGGCCGGGCACAGGUUCAUGGCCAGUCUCAUCACAGGCGACGGACCCGCGGGGAAGGGAGACCCUGAUGACCCAGAUGAGAACAUAGACGUAACCAGUGUGGAAAACGACCAACAGCGCACGCCGCACGCUCAUGGCCAGCCGACUCACGUGCACCCUCACCCGGCCGCCCUGUACAUGGAGAGCGCCAUCUACCCGCCCGGACACGAGACGCUGUACGAGUGCUCAGCGCGCUUGCUCUUUAUGGCGGUCAAGUGGGCCAAAAACCUGCCCUCUUUCGCCAAUCUGCCUUUCAGAGACCAA